ACUCAUGAACUAAUUCUUAGUCAUAGCGGGACACGGCUGAUGUUGCCACACCAAGCAGGGCGACUUCAUGAACUACAGCAGUACUCCAGUAGUAAAGUAAAGGAAAGGCGCAGAGUUGAGACGGUUAGUCCGCUUUGACCCUUGCCACCAGCAAGCCGAAUCGAAGCCUAACCGUCUGCUGAGUGAGGGAGCAAAGACCUCUCAACAGUACACGAUGUGUAACGGAGCAGCGCCACCAAUGUCGGAAUCCAGUCCGUUCGUCUGCCCUGCCUUGGACAUACCACAUCUAGGAGAUGCUCCAUCAUGCGACGAGAACAGUGACAAGGAAGAAUGUUCCGGGAAAACCUUCGUCACUGUUUCUACGGAAAUGAGAGGAGAGAACAGAUCCCGGCUUGUUCUCACUUUUGCCCUCGCGUUGAAGUCAACACUGCUCCAAGGCUUUCAUGAACAGAAUGAUGCCGUGUACGCAUGUGAAACAGAUGAAAAACUGGACAUUUUUGAAGUCCGCAGCAACGGCACGCACUUGAUACGCAAGAAAGUCGUCUUCAGCGAGUGGAAAAUUGGCCUGUGUCACGUCAGGCCGACGGCAAUCUUUCAGAUCCCCGUCAUUAAACCCGAUGACGGUAGGCUUGAAGUGGUCAUGGCGUUCAAUGGUAAACCACUUCACCACAUCUCGAUGAAUCUUGCGGAAGAGUCCACGAACAGUGUGAGCUGGCGGAGGCGAGAGGAAAUUCAUCUCAAUCUUCUGAACAUUCCUGCUGAUCCUGCGGCUGAUAUUCCCACGCAGGCAUGCCGUGGUGUGGAGCUGUCCAGGAGAAAUCAACUUAGAAAUCCCGUUAUAUCAUUAUUGAGAGACAUCAAGAGCCACUGAGUUUGUUGAGCAAUGACCUGAGUUCAGUUUUACCUUGAUCACACAUUACAACACUGACAGAUGUACAGGUACGAUGGGCACCGUUGCUGGAGCUUGCGCAGCUACCAUAAAAUAAGCUGGUGCCCUUGAUUGCCAUGCAUUUUUGUACUAUUCCUUAGCAACACUUCAUUAGAAGUUACAAGUCAUAUUUUCCAAUUGUGCAUUAAAAAAAUAGAACGUUCAGUCUGUACGUUACUCUUGGCAGGAUCCAUACAAAUUGCACAUUUCGCAAAUUGUUAGCCUUAUUAUGACCUUUACUCCCUAUUACUUGCCCCAAUCUGUCAUGGUGGCAAUUAUUAUCAUGUAGCACAUACAUGUAUGCAGUUCCAUUUAUCAUUUUUAAAAUACACCUGUACGAGUAUAGUUGCUCUUCUAAGUUUUAUACCCAAGACAGCUAUUAUGCUGUGGAACACCACUCACUUCCUUGCUUACCACCAUACAUGUGCGUGCUACUUUUGAAAUUUUUUAAAGUGUAUACAAGUACCUGUGUGUACGCUUGUUUUUGGUGGUAUGACAAUUAUCAUUACACAAGUCUUAUGCUGGAAAAUACAAGUACAGGCAC